GCCCCAACCACGCCAAAAAAGCGUCAGCGCGGCAAAGGCUCAGGUGAUGUGGCUCCAUCUCCGAAGGAGACGCCUGCUCCGGUAUCCAUGCCCAGAGCCGAAGCGCGUAGUUCAAAGAGCUCCCAGGACUCAUCUGCGGUCGGCUGGGGCGCGAGCCUGAAGGCGAAGCAGCCCGGCAAAGCCAUUGAGCUCUCUUUGAGUGAUGACAGCGAUUUGGAGCUCCUCCAUGAAGAGGGCGCUCAAAAGAACGGCUUGGCAUGGACUGGGUGCCCAGCCACUGCCUCUUCGCCCUCCAAGCCCACGAAGGGCAAGGCCCAGCGUACGGAGGAGCAGGCCACCUCCGCCCAACAGCCUCGCGAGAGC